ACGUGGAUGUUAAAAAAUUCUAAGAAGACGCUUGCAAUAUUCAGCAGAACAACAUUAUUUAUUAAAUCAUAAGUGAUAUAUAUUUUCCGUUCUAUUAAUCGGAGCUGCCUACUGGAAAAAUUAGUCUACAGAAACAUCUUAAAUCAUGGCUUAUAUAUCAGGAGGUGAAGUUUUAGACAGUACUCCAUGGAAUUUGAAAAGAAUAUUUGGUAUUUUUACUGGCAUAAUUUACAUGAUUAUUAUGUUUUUCAAAACAAUGAUCAAUCCUGAUAUGAACAAAUAUGGAAGUGGUUAUACAAGAGAUUAUAGACCUGGAUCUGGGCCACCACGUCCACCAACACGUAGAUUAGGAAGACCGAAUACAGGAGAUAAUAUGAACAUUCCCUUUGGUGGAUGCAGCAGUUGUGCUGGUUGAAAUAAUUAUGUGGAAACUAUAUUUAUCAACAUUUUCAAAUAUUGAUAUCAAUCGCAGAAUUGUUCAAGAACAAAUAAAUUAAAACAUUAUUUCCCAUAUAAAUUUAUACAUUGAAUAAGUGAACCAUAAUUUGUUAAAGAACAAUUUUAUUGAAUAGAGUAGAUAAUUUUUAUGUUAAAAAUGUUACAAAUUAUAAAUAUGUUACACAUUGUACAUUGGCUAGGAAACGAAGUAAGUGUUCUAUAGCAAAUAAACUUGUAUGUACA